GGAGAUUGAAAAAUUUAUUCAUAUUUCGUGAAACUAUGUCAUUGCAAUUUGUGAUUACUUAUGGAUUUGUGAAAAAAAAUAGCAGCAAUGUAGAUAUGUAGUUACGAAUUUUUUUCUGAAACUUGAAUACUUGUACAUGUAUUAUCGUGCACUAGCGAGAAGUACCUAAAAAAACUUGAGCGAGAUAUCUUCCUUUAAGUGGAUGAAGAUGAUAUAAUUAAUAUUUUCAUUAACUUUAGGAAGCGUAGGUUUGAUAAGAAGAAAUAAUGUAAUCUCUUUGAACUAUUGUAGGUGUGUAAGCUUAUUUUAUGCAUUUCUAAGACUUAACGCGCUUAUAAUAUCUAUAUUGUAAUAUAUGCAAGUAUUGAACUUAAUUGCUUGCGGAAUUUUUUUUUGUUGUGUACCGAUUUUUUAUAUUGUACCGAAUACCGAAUUGUAUGUUGAAAUUUUGACAUGGCAUACCCUAAAUUCCAAUCCUACGUCCGCGCAUGCCCAGGAGGACAGGGACAGGCGCACCCUCUUCUUUGCAUGUCGCAACUGCGAGCACCAGGAUGUCUCUGACAAUAACUGCGUCUAUCGGAACGAGGUGCACGACACUGCUGGGGAGCGAACACAGGUCUUGCAGGAUGUAGCUGCUGACCCAACUCUUCCCAGAACCAAGACUGUCUGCUGCGCUCUCUGUGGGCACGGAGAGGCUGUUUUCUUCCAGGCUACGGCAAGAGGGGAGGAGGGGAUGACCCUGUUCUUUGUGUGCUGCAGCCCUGAUUGCGGUCACCGGUGGAGGGAAUGAUGCACGGAAUGAUGCGCAGAAUACAUAUCUGUGCCCUUAAUGUAGCAUGCUUUGGAACUUCUUCUAAUCGCUAUCCCCGUUAGAGUUUGAAACCAAUGGUACAAAAUAGCCUGCUAUUAGCUUUUUAGGGGAUCUACCGCAACGCUAUACAACAUUUGUCCGCUAUGUCUGCUAAAGGAUUUUUUCAGAAUUUAGUGGUAAUAAAUGGCCGCUAUGUCCGCUAAAGAUGUAGUUAUCAAAAGAAAUAAAGAAUCAAUAUAACUAAAGUGGACCAUAGAUAAAGCAGCACGGGCACAGUUGGGCAGUCAGGAGAGAUGUAUUGAGUCUAUUUUAGAGUGUUAGACCAAUGAUGCUUCUAAUUUUGUAUGUAAUUAUUGAUUAUUUUAUCAUUCCGCUAAAUAAUUUAGCUUUGCUAUA